UUUGAUGGCAAGUACAUGAGGAAGACGAAGACUGCAGGGGAGGUUGCUCUUAUGGAGGUGGCCCAGUCCUCUCUGGGUGUACGGACCCGUGCCAAAACCCUAGCUCUGCAGCGACUGCAGAAUUCGGCGGCGACGGCGGCUUCGUCCAGCGGUGGUUCAUACCUUCAGCUUCGAAGCCGGAGACUCGAGAAACCCCCAAUUGUUGUUCCCAGCGAUUCGAAGAGGCCGAAGCAGCCACCGAAGGAAUCUUCCAUGCGAAACCCUAAACCUAACCCUAAUUCGAGAACAAGCUCGAGGUUGAGGGUGGGGCUGCGAAUUCUGGGACUGCUGGGCCCGUCUCGCUCGAUUGUUUGGAAAAAGAGGGGAUUCAUUUGGAGACGGAAAAAAUUGGGGGCAGAGAGGAUGAGAAACAGGAGAAGGACGACGUCGUUGAAGCUUCUUUUGGAGAAAAUGUGUUGGAAUUUGAAGGUAGAGAGAGUUCGUCUAAAGAUAUGGGUACCUAAUGCCGUAUGCUGCUCUUUUGUUCUUAUGUUUGGAGGUUCCAUUAUUCACAAGGCAAAUGAUUGGAAACUUGUGCUAAUGCUUCAGAACAGGGACACCAGGGAAAGCACUCCUUGCAGUUUGAUAAGAGAUCCAGAGAAUGUCAGGACCCCUGGUUCUACUACUCGGCCCACCACCUCCUCUGAAGUCAACAGGAGAAUGCAAAAUUCCUCACAAAGACAAAUCCCAUCAACAAAUGAAAUGGAUGAGUUCUUUGGUGGUGCAGAAGAACAGCAGCGAAGCGAAUUUAUUGAGAAGUAUAACUUUGAUCCAGUGAAUGAUAAGCCCCUCCCAGGGCGUUAUGAAUGGGUGAAGGUGGAUCCAUAG